UGAGGUGAAUUGUGAAUGGUCUCUUGUUUAUCUGGCCAGCCCGUCAUCCCCCGCUGCCGCCUGUGCGUGCCUAUAAUAGUAACUCGUCAUUGAGCCUGCGCCUAGGGAGCUAUUCACACCAUAGUAACCCCCAGCCCUGCAGGGGCUUUGGGAGGCGGUAAUUGUGGGGCUCAGUCACUAAUGGGAGUAGACCCAGCUGCAGAGUGCACAGUAUACAUAGCGAAAUCUCACCUCGCAGUGCUCAGGGAAUGAGUGGGUGACGUGGGGCAGUUUGCCAGUACUGAAGAUGGCGGCACCGGCACUUCCUCUCACGUCACUGUCCAGUUUCCGCUUCCUUCAGGCCGGAUUUGUGAUGGCGAAGGCUCUCUGGAAGGAAAGUAAAGGAGUCUUCCGGUCUCCCACCUGCCAGUGCUAAAGAUGGCAGACUCCGUGGUGGAAGUUGUGGAGAAGCUGCAGUCCAGACUCUCGCCUAAUGCUGAGCCUAAGAAGCUUCUGAAGACAUUGAAGAGAUUAGCGGAGUUGCCUAUAACUGUUGAUAUUUUGGUGGACACUGGCAUUGGGAAGACUGUAAAUGGACUGCGAAAGCAUGAACUAGUGGGAGAGCUUGCUAGGAACUUAGUUGCUCAAUGGAAAAAACUAGUGCCACAGGAGAUUCCAAGAACUGCAGUUGAAGUUGAAGAACGUGAACACAGUAAAAGCAGCACACGGAAGAGGCCACGAUCUCCAUCCCCUGUACAAGAUGAUGAAGAGUAUGAAGAUGAAAGUGACGAAAGGUAUCUCUCACACAGUGGAUCAGGAAAAGAGGAAACUUGGCAACAGUAUUCAGACCAAGAGGAUUUUGAGGAAAGUGGAGGAUAUUCCCCUGAACUCACCUACAGUCCUCCAAGUAUGUCCACAGACAAAACCUUCCUCAAAGAAAAUCAAGAGCACAAAUCCCCUUACAAGGAAAAACACAGAUCAGACACAAAGAAUCUUAACCCAGAAAUAAAGAAAGAGAAAUUAGUCUCAAAGGAACCACAGAGAGAAUUUCCAUCCCAUGCGGGGAGUAGUCGGGACAAGUUGUUAUCUCCGGAGAGCAAAGACCGUGCUCACAAAAAGGACAAGAAUAGACAUAGUGUUUCAAAGAGCCAAACAGAUGAUGUUUUAGAUGCCAAAACAGUGAAACAUCACGAGAAAUCAAAACCAGAUAAACACAAAACAGGAUUGGAGUCUGUUGAGAAAGGAAAAGUAUCUGAAAAAAAUCUAGUGAUCAAGGACAAAUCAAAUAAAACCAAAAGUAAAUCCCAACCAAAUGACUCAGGAACACAUGAUAGGAAAUCUAUUAAACUCUCUCUCCCACCCCCAGAACCUGAACCCGAAGAUGAAUUUGAGCAGCCAACAAUGUCUUUUGAGUCCUAUCUCAGCUAUGACCAACCCCAGAGCGCUAAAAAGAAGAAGAAGCCAACGGUGAAGGCGACAUCUUCAGUACCAGAAAAAAGCACCAAGAAACACAGCGAGAGUAAAGAAGAACGUAAAGAGAAAAGCAAGUCAAAACAACAAAGACCUGAAAAAAAGGAAAAGAAGGAGCCCAAGAUAGACCAAGUCCCUGUUCUACCUGAUAUACCAUUGCCAACUAUUCAGCCAAAUUAUCGACCUCUUCCUUCAAUUGAAACUGUUCCCAACUUGUCAAAUAAGAGGAAAGCUCCAUUGUAUGCCCAAGAGGAAGAUGAGGGGAAUGGAUUUACUGGACGUAGGUUAAACUCGAAAAUGCAGGUGUAUUCUGGAUCUAAAUCUGCGUACUUGCCAAAGAUGAUGUCCCUCUACCAACAGUGUAUCAGAGUCCUAGCUAACAACAUAGACUCUAUCUAUGAGGUUGGGGGUGUACCUUUUACAAUGCUAGAGCCAGUCCUGGAGAAGUGCACCCCAGAGCAGUUGUACCGGAUAGAGGAUUGCAAUCAUGUACUUAUUGAGGACACAGAUCAACUAUGGAAAAAUCACUGUCAAAGAGAUUUCAGAAAUCAGAGGCCAGAUGAGUAUGAGACCUGGAGAGAGUUGUAUCUCCGCCUUCAUGAAGCUCGGGAGCACAGGCUGGUUAUGCUAACUCAGAAUAUCCGUUCCUCACAUGCAAACAAACCCAAAGUCCGACAAGCCAAGAUGGCAUUUGUGAAUACAGAAGUGAAACCCCCGCGGGAUGUGCGUAGAAGGCAAGAAAAAUUUGGAACAGGAGCAGCAGUUGUCCCUGACAAACCAAGGAUUAAGCCCUUCAUGCCAGCAAGUAGUAGUUAUAGCAGUGUGUCCCCUGAGGAACCCCAAUCAUUUGACAGACCAAGUACUAGCAGUACAGUGCCCACAUCAAGCAGUGUUGUUCAGUCUGGACAUGACCCACGUAAACCACAAGUCAAAAAGGUUGCUCCAAUGAUGGCCAAAACAAUAAAAGCUUUCAAGAACCGUUUCUCCCGACGAUAAAAUAAGGAAGAGAAUGAACUUUUUUUGGUGGUGGGAAGGGAUUAUUGCACUGGAAAGCCUUUAUUAAAUGGCAGAAUGGACCCAUCAGCACCUGAAAGUGUUUCCCUUCACCUUACCGUCUCCUUAUGCCCAACAUGCUGUUAUACUCAUGUUUCUAAUAUGUUUCUUCCACCUCUCAGUCCUGUGGCUCUGCGGGAUUCCAGUUAUUUUGCAGACAUGUCCCCGUCUCUGUCACAGACAUGGAUCCUGACUUUACCACCCUAGAAAGCCACAAGAUCAUGUUGGGGAAUAAUCUGUGUGCUACACUAAUGUCCUUUUCUCAUGCGAAAAUCAGUUUUUUUACUGAUUAGAAAAAAAUACAAAUUAGAAAAUACUAUUUUUGUGCGGUUUCCUAUAAAAGAAUUAGGUACAAAGGUUACUUUUUUUUUUUGUACAGUUGGAAGGAACCAAGAAAGGAAAUGUACUGCUCUUUGGAUGCCUCGAUGACUAACAUGUACUUAGCAGUCCUGUCAUGGAUUUGACGUUUUACUGUUGCAGUGUCAUGUAAUAUUUGUCGUGAAUUAUUUUGCAGAAUUGUUCUGUGACAUAAAAUUGGUGUCCCCCACCUCCACACACAUGCUGCUUCAAAGCUGGGACUUCUCUGUAGACUCUAUAUUUCAAUGUGUGUUUGAAUUUGUAAUUUAAUCCUUUUAGGGUCACCGUUUCCAUCAUUUAUUUUCAUUGCCAACUCAAAAAGAACUUUCUGUUCAUCACUGGAAAGGCAUAGUCUUGCGCUGCAUGGACUUUUCCUACAUUUCAGUUCUCAGACAGAUAUGUAUUUUUUAAACAGGCUCUUAGGUAUCCUAGACACAUAAGUUCCUAUGUGGCAGCUCUCAGUAUUUUUGACCAUUGCAGAUGGGGUUUCUACUCCUAAUACUUAAAUAGCAGUGUCAGACACUUGCUGUCUAGUGUAGGUCAUUUGUGAAAUGAGUAUAUUGUGGAUUUUGCAGAUCCCACUUUACAUUUACCCGUAGCUAUUGGGCAGGGGCUAUAAACUUUAGGUCUUUUAUGUGAGCUUUUGCUUUAUGUAAAUAAAAUCCUUUUUGUGGUUUCAAGAAGAUUACAAGUUUUAACUAGACUUAUAUAUGCAAAUGAUUUUACCUGGCUCUUAAUAAAAUGUGAAUACUGAA